AUGGAAGCAAUCGAUGAACUUACUGGACAAUGGCGAAGAAACGGACUCUCGCCUUUACAAGUCGCUGAGAAAUUCUCCAACUGUGUUCUUUACGUAACAUGUGAACCUUGCAUCAUGUGUGCAUCAGCCUUAUCGUUUGUAGGUAUAAAAGAAGUGUAUUAUGGAUGUCCAAAUGAUAAAUUUGGAGGAUGUGGCUCAAUCUUGCCGCUACAUUUAGGCAGUUCUCAGCAGUCAGAUAACAUUGAAGAAGCUCAAAGAGGAAAAGGGUACAAGUGCAAAGGAGGAAUAAUGGCAGAUGAAGCUAUCUCUCUUUUCAAAUGUUUCUAUGAGCAAGGCAAUCCCAACGCCCCAAAGCCACACCGUCCUGUAGUUCAAAGAGAGGAGACUUGA